AUGUCCGAGGAGGCCCAAGCACCUCAGUUGAUCGAUGACCUCGAACUACAUCCCAAGCAAGAUAAGGCUAGAGUAGUUAAAGAUAUUUUAGCCGGUACUGCAGGUGGUAUAGCACAAGUCCUGGUGGGCCAGCCAUUUGAUACGACUAAAGUCAGAUUACAAACAUCGCCGAAUUCGACAACAGCGACGGAGGUAAUUAGAAAUUUACUCAAGAAUGAAGGGAUAUUGGCAUUUUAUAAAGGCACCUUAACGCCCCUGGUGGGAAUUGGUGCUUGUGUUUCAAUCCAAUUUGGGGUCAACGAAGCGAUGAAGAGAUUUUUUCACAGUAACGGUUCUGGACCGUCGUCUACCUUAACCCUUCCGCAGUAUUACAUCUGUGGGCUCGUCAGUGGUUUGACAAACUCGUUUCUGGCAUCGCCAAUAGAGCAUGUCAGGAUACGUCUGCAAACCCAGACCGGUUCAGGCGCUAAUGCAGAGUUUAGAGGUCCCCUGGACUGUAUAAGAAAACUGAGGAGUCACAACAAGUUAAUGCGCGGUUUGUCUCCGACUCUUCUCAGAGAAGGUCACGGAUGUGGUACCUAUUUCCUGGUUUAUGAAGCACUUAUAGCUCAUGAGAUCAAAUCAGGAGUUAUGAGGACUGAAAUACCGGCCUGGAAGUUGUGUAGUUUCGGUGCACUGUCCGGUACCGCUCUGUGGCUAAUGGUCUACCCACUAGAUGUCGUCAAAUCAGUGAUACAGACAGACAGUUUGACGAAUCCGAAAUCAGGAAACUCGAUCGUCCAAGUGGCUAAAACCUUGUAUGUCAAAGGGGGCCUGGCAUCCUUUUUCAAAGGAUUCGGUCCUACUAUGCUGAGAGCUGCACCUGCUAACGCAGCCACUUUUGCAUCGUUCGAGUUUGCAAUGAGACUUCUCCAGUGA